AUGGAGAUGGCCAUAAUUAUCAAUAAUACAUGGGUCGAAUUAGUUGAUCCUCAAACUGAAAGAGCCUUUUACGCCAACACGAAAACCGGCGAAUGUGUCUGGGAUUUACCAGAGGACGUAGAUCUCUACCCAAGAAAUCCAAACGGUGAAUGGUGGGAGUUUUUCGACGAAUACCAUCAGUUGCCUUAUUAUUAUCAUACUAAAACGGGAGAAACUGAAUGGCUGAGACCACAACACGGUAUCAUUAUACCCUUAACAAUGAUACAAACUUCGACAAUAGGGAAACGAAUGUCUGUGGCAUUGGUUCCAUCUGACGAAGAUAUAAAUAUAGAACAAAUACACCAAGAAAAUCUUAUUCCAAACAGUAUCGGCAAUCAAUCAGAAGUGGAUUCUGGAGGCCAAGAUACCAGUGUUUCCCCAAUUACCCAAAAUCGAGAUGUGAAUUCUCUUGGAGAAAAGAGUAUCAACAACCCUGAUGAUGCAAUAUCAGUAAUAUCGAGUGACUUUAGUGGAAGCGACGCAGGGGGACGGAAACAAUUGUCUCUACUUCGUACCAGGUCUCAGACAGAAAUCGAUACUACGCCAGCUUCACAACGAACUAUUGGACAUACUUCAAAGUCUGCAGAAGAUCUUAAAAGACUUCGUCCCUCUAAAUCCCAAACGUCUGUGCUCUCGUCUGAGAAUUCAGAUGAUCGAUCGGGUUCCGAUCUUUUCUUAUGUGGAUCGGUGCGUAAAUCGCCUAAACUUGCCGAAUACGCAAAAAAUGUUGGAAUUAGUGAGCCCAUUAUAAAUAACGAUGCAAUUUUUGCAAUGAAACCAAAUAUUUUCCCUAUAUCUGACGGGAAUGAGAAUGAUAGUACAUCACCAAUUCAUAUCACGGGGAAGGUAAUGGCUCUUCCACCAGAUUUACAAGAAGAAAUCAAUAAAUUCCGUGUUGAAGGCUUUGCCGAAAAGUAUUUCAAUACUCACAAAAAAGGGAUAUUUAGACGCCGAAUACCUGUUGACAAGUUGCUCGAGUUUCAAAGAGAAUCUCUCCACCUACCAUUAAUGAUCAUACAAAACAAACUGGUUCAUAAAAUUGCUUUGAAAUGCUUCAAGGCAAUUCAGCGAAUAAUGGGAGAUAGGUCGCGACCGAGGCUGAUACACACGCCUUCUACACCUCUUAUGGAAACACAGUGGUUGUUGAGUAAGGGCAUAUUAUACGGCGAGUUGCGUGAUGAAAUUUAUGUACAGAUAUGUAAACAGCUUUCUAAUAACCCAAAUAAAGUGUCUGUCAGCAAGGGCUGGGAAUUACUCUGCGUGGUCUCGGUGACUUUCCCAGUUUCAAAAAACUUUGAAGCUUUCGUAAUGCGGUUUGUGACUGGACAUUUCGACAUUAAAGAGAAUAAUAUUGAUACGAUCAGUAGAUAUGUGCAUUCGCGCCUAAUUAAGAUAGCCAAAUGUGGGCCUCGUGGAAAAGUGCUUACGUACCCUGAGAUUGAACGAGCAAAGGUAGCGCCGUUUCAUCCUUCAGUAUUUGGCGCAAAGCUAGACGACAUAAUGAAAUUACAGAAAAAACAAUAUCCUGAUCUCAAAAUACCAAGGAUAUUGCCCUUUUUGUCCGUUGCUAUUCUCAAUCUACAAGGCAAAACAUCGGAAGGAAUAUUUCGAGUACCUGGUGACGUAGACGCUGUUGCUGAACUGCGACUUCGUAUUGAGAAUAACAGCUACGACAUAACGGGAAUAGCAGACCCAAAUAUUCCAUCCUCACUUUUCAAAUACUGGUUGCGCGAAUUGACGGAUCCGUUGAUACCUUCCGAAUUCUAUGAUGAGUGUAUUCAAUGCUCCGACGACAGUGACGCUACGAUCGAGAUUGUGAAAAAGUUGCCGGAAAUCAAUAGGAGGGUGGUUGCGUUCACGAUUAACUUUUUGCAGCUCUUUGCUGAUCCAAUGACAAUAAAAUCCACCAAAAUGAACAUUAAUAAUCUUGCAAUGGUCUUUGCGCCUAGUUUUCUCCGAUGUCCAUCUGAAAAUCUUGCAGUGGUUUUUGAGAACACAAAGUAUGAGCAGGCAUUUGUAAAGACACUGUUAAUCAAUUUCAAGGAGAAUUGUGAUGCUGAAUUUUGA